CUGACGAUACGUCGAGGCCAGUUCACCGUUCAGAGAAGAAUUCGUGUCGAAGAAUCACAUUUGCCGUUCUCGUGGGAAUCGAAAAUGGCCGAGCGUCGAGCUAUGAACCGCAGCUUGCUACUCAUUGCGCUCGUCGCCAAGUGCACGGCAUUACCCCCCUCGUGUGACAAGUGCUACAUCCGUUCUUUGGACAACUGCGCCGCUGGCCUGUUUUUGUUCGCCACGGGAAACAAGGUACCGGAAACGGACGCUGACCGGGAAGAUUUCUGCAGGUCCCAGUCUGAGGCGCAGGUCUGGAGCCGUGAUUACGUCCAGAGAUGCACGAGAGGCAUGACCCGGGGCUUUGCCGACGACUUUCUGGACGACAUUAAGAAGGAGAUCAUGGAACGCUGCUUCAAGUCGGGCUCGUACCGUGACGACUUUACAAAGUACGCUCCAUGCCUGAACAAGGUGGGCUCUAAGUUCCACACCUGCGUCAAAAACUUCAUCAUGGACCUGGAUGUCGCCUCGAGGUUGGAGCCGAGACAGCGAAUCACCGGUGGCUGCUGUAAGUACAAGAAACUGGAGGUCUGCAUGAGCGACGCCAUCCGCGGCACCUGUGAUAAGGGGGCGCACGACUUCGUCAAGAGACUCCUGAAGCACUACGAGGGCAAUAUGCUGGGCAUCUUGUGCGCGAACGACUGGGCCAACGCGAAGUGCGAGGCGAUCAAGUACGACGACAAACCGGGGGACGCGAGCCUACGCUCCGUGAUCGCGCCGCUAAUCAAAGUGCUAGAGGCUAUAGACGCCUGACAGCACGUUGCGACUGUCAACGUUUGGGGCAAUUAGAUGCCAAUAAAUCGAACUAAUGAUAUUGACGACAGCGCGAGCUUCAGAAUCACGG